GGGAGAAAAUUUCCUGUCGAGUAGUAUAUUUACUGGAAAUAGACAUUCGACUUGCAUGUCCCUUUUUGGAAAUGUGCCUGUGUCCCGGGCUGGGUUGGGGCCCCACUGAACUUUGGCUCUGACACAGCUGUUGCCACACUCAGUGGAACUGAAGCCAUGCUUGCCUUCACCCGGCAUCCCUCACCCCAACUCUCCCCACCACAACACACUUCCCAUGCCAGCCUGGGGACUCUCAAAGGUGGCUUCAUCAUUAGGUUUGUGGCGGGGUCGCACUGAAGUAAGUCUUGGCACUCAAAGGGAUGGGAAUUGAAUGAAGACAUGAGAUUACUGGCAGGAGCCCUCUCCAUGGAAAUCUGUGGGCUCACACGUUUACUAAUGUUGCUGCAGCCCUGCACCCACCUUGGCCUUGGGCAGCCAUACUCUAGGGCUUUUGUAACCUCUCCAUGUCAGGAACUCAAAUUAGACCUGGGUUUGGAGGCAGUACCCUCAGCUGGCCUUUGGCGGAAGGUUUUUGUGCAAGGCAUUUCCCAAGUGCUGGCAGGAUUGUGUCACAGACACAAAGCAAACUUUUGCUGGGCUCCAGGUGACCGCCCACAGUUUAUUAUAAAGGUGACUGCAGCCUGCAGUCACCAGCACUGCCUGGCUCCCGGUACUUCCUGAUCUCAGUAUGGCACUGUCCUGGAUUCUUACAGUCCUGAGCCUCCUACCUCUGCUGGAAGCCCAGAUUCCAUUAUGUGCCAACCUAGUACCGGUGCCCAUCACCAACGCCACCCUGGACCGGAUCUCUGGCAAGUGGUUUUAUAUUGCAUCGGCCUUUCGAAACGAGGAGCACAAUAAGUCGAUUCACGAGAUCCAAGCAACCUUCUUUUACUUUACCCCCAACAAGACAGAGGACACGAUCUUUCUCAGAGAGUACCAGACCCGACAGAACCAGUGCAUCUAUAACACUAGCUACCUGAAUGUCCAGCGGGAAAAUGGGACCAUCUCCAGAUACGAGGGAGGCCAAGAGCAUUUCGCUCACCUGCUGAUCCUCAGGGACAUGAAGACCUUCAUGCUGGCUUUCGAAGUGAACGAUGAGAAGAACUGGGGGGUGUCUGUCUAUGCUGACAAGCCAGAGACGACCGAGGAGCAACUGGGUGAGUUCUACGAAGCUCUCGACUGCUUGCGCAUUCCCAGGUCAGACGUCGUGUACACCGAUCAGAAAAAGGAUAAGUGUGAGCCACUGGAGAGGCAGCACGAGAAGGAGAAGAAACAGGAGGAGGGGGAGAGGCAGCACGAGAAGGAGAAGAAACAGGAGGAGGGGGAAUCCUAGAAGGACACAGCCUUGGAUCAGGACAGAGACUUGGGGGCCAUCCUGCCCCUCCAGCCUGACAUAUGUACCUCAGCUUUUUCCCUCAUUUGCAUCAAUAAAGCUUCUGUGUUUGGAACA